GCGCGGCUAGCAGCGAAGCUAACGGUGGCGGUGAUGGCGGAGCUGCUGCAGGGACAGGCCUCGAUGAACCAGCCGGGGCUCCAGUCAGACGACCUGGUCGAUGUUUUACAGAGGGCCCGGCAGAUGGUGGGUAAGAUGGGUGGAGAAACCAUGUCCCACUUGAACAGCUCCUCAGGAAGUGGCGAGUCCACACUUUACUUUCCUGGCCAGAAACGACCAGGAGAGGACGGAGUAGGUAACCAGCUUCUAGCCAUGGCCCAUCAAAGCAGGGUGAUCACAGAGGAAUACAAAGUUCCUGACAGGAUGGUGGGCUUCAUCAUUGGCCGAGGAGGAGAACAGAUCACCAGGAUCCAGAACGAGUCGGGCUGCAAGAUCCAGAUUGCUGCUGACAGUGGAGGCCUGAUGGAGCGGCCAUGUUCGCUGACAGGAACUCCAGAGUGCAUCGAGCAGGCGAAGCGGCUGCUGGUCCAGAUUGUGGAGCGGUGUAGAAACGGUCCGGGUUUCCACGGUGACGGGGAGGGCGGGACCUCGGUGCAGGAGAUGCUGAUCCCGGCCAGCAAAGUGGGACUGGUGAUCGGCCGAGGAGGCGACACCAUCAAACAGCUGCAGGAGCGAGCCGGGGUGAAGAUGAUGAUGAUCCAGGACGGCCCGAUGCCAACGGGAGCCGACAAACCUCUCCGCAUCUCUGGAGACCCCUACAAAGUCCAGGCAGCCAGGGAGCUGGUGCUGGAGGUGAUCCGGGAGAAGGACGGAGACUUCCGGUCCGGACGCAGCGACUUCGGAGGCCGACUGGGCGGAGCCAACCUGGACGUCGCCGUCCCCAGGUUCGCCGUGGGCAUCGUGAUCGGCCGAAACGGAGAGAUGAUCAAGAAGAUUCAGAAUGACGCCGGAGUCCGGAUCCAGUUUAAAGCAGAUGACGGCAUCAGUCCAGAGCGUGUUGCCAUGGUGAUGGGUCAGCCGGAGCGCUGUCAGCACGCCGUCCACCUCAUCAACGAGCUCAUCCAGACCGCCCAGGAGCGGGACGGGUUCAGCUCCGGCCUGCGCAGCAGUCGGGUCAGAGGUCGCGGCGAUUGGGCGAUGGGCUCUCCCAGUCCUCUACAGGAAGUGACCUACACCAUUCCUGCUGACAAAUGUGGCCUGGUCAUCGGCAAAGGAGGAGAAACCAUCAAGAGUAUUAACCAGCAGUCUGGAGCUCAUGUGGAGCUGCAGAGGAACCCGCCGCCUUCCACCGACCCCAACACCCGGGUCUUCACCAUCAGAGGCACCGCUCAGCAGAUGGAAGUGGCCCGCCAGCUCAUAGACGACAAGAUCGGGGGUUCAGGGAUCAUCAGUAACGGAGGGUUUGGCUUCAGUCCCUUCACCCAGACCGCCGCGGCGCACCAGAACUGUGGCAGUGGACAGGCAUUUGUCACCGGAGUUUGGGGAAACACCUACCAGACGAGCUGGCAGAACCCGGGACAACAAGACCCAG